UAGAAAAGCAAACAAAACGGAAAAUACACGUGUCAGGUGGAGAAGGACAAGACUGUGCGAGCAGCGGUAACAUCGACUCAGCCCUACCAUCUCCGUCGCCUCCACAAUUCCUCUCCGCCCUCCUUCGCAGGCAAAGCACCUAAAAGCCCAUCAACACCGCCGGAUUCAUAUCUGCCGCCGUCACAGUACCAACUCAUUCACUGCUCAACUUCUAUUGGCUGCCGAAUAAAAACUUCACUGUGGAGUGCUCGACAGGGUUCUGAGUGUAGCUUGUGCCGUUCGCUGUCGUGUCCAGACGUAUUCCUGACGUGCCCGAAACAUUUGAACUCGUAUUCGGCUAACCAUACGACAAGUGGAGUGCUCGACAGGUUUCUGAGUGUAGCUCUCUUCGAUUUCUCACUAGAUUUGGCGUUUUAGCGCUUCAUAGGUCGCAGGAGAUGGGCGUGGAGAAUUACCACGUCAUAGAGCUUGUAGGGGAGGGAUCCUUCGGGAAGGUAUACAAAGGGAGGCGAAAGUAUACAGGCCAGACCGUUGCAAUGAAAUUUAUCCCCAAGCAUGGCAAAAGUGAUAAGGAUAUUCAUAACUUGAGGCAGGAAAUUGAGAUUCUCAGAAAGUUAAAGCACGAAAAUAUAAUUGAGAUGCUAGAUUCUUUUGAAAGUCCACAAGAGUUCUGUGUUGUGACAGAAUUUGCGCAGGGUGAACUUUUUGAAAUUAUCGAAGAUGACAAAUGCCUUCCAGAAGAACAAGUUCAAGCGAUUGCCAAACAGUUGGUGAGAGCAUUACAUUAUUUGCAUUCAAACCGCAUUAUCCACCGUGAUAUGAAGCCACAAAAUAUUCUUAUCGGUUCUGGAUCUAUAAUAAAGCUUUGUGAUUUUGGUUUCGCUAGAGCUAUGUCCACAAACACAGUUGUCUUACGAUCCAUAAAAGGCACUCCUUUGUACAUGGCUCCAGAGUUGGUACGAGAACAACCCUACAACCACACUGCCGACUUGUGGUCACUUGGUGUCAUAUUAUAUGAGCUUUUUGUAGGCCAGCCUCCAUUUUAUACGAAUUCAGUUUACGCACUAGUCAGGCAUAUUAUCAAGGAUCCAGUUAAAUAUCCAGAUAACAUGUCUGCAAAUUUUAAAAGUUUCCUAAAGGGGCUGCUUAACAAGGUACCACAAAACAGACUUUCUUGGCCUGCUCUACUUGAGCAUCCAUUCGUUAAAGAAACUCACGAGUAUGUGGACGUUGCGGAAAUUCAAGAUCCUGCACCUAGUGCUGCUAGGGGCAGUGAUGCAACUUGGAGGGGUGAUGGAAACGUCCAAACAGCUGGAUUGAAUUUUUCAAGUCCUGAAAGCAAAAGCUAUUUUCAUGCAACAAGUGGAAAUGGAAAUGUUGGAAGUCUUCAGACUGAUGCCCAUUCAAACAGUCCGGCUAUAGAUAUAGCCAAUUCUUCACCAAAUAACGAGGCCCAAGUGUCAAAUACCAAUGAUGUUGUACUGUCUGGUUGUCAGACCUUGGACUGCUUUGAAAAUAACUCCCGGACAGUUAAGGGUGCAAAAAUGAUUGGUCAAGAUAAUGAAGCAUUGGCAACUGUUAUACUUCCACUAAAAAGUUGGCGCAACAGACCUGCAGAUUCUUGCCGGGACGAAGACCAUGUGACAUCAAACCAGUCAUUGAGAAUUCUUUUGAACUUGGUCACAGCUGGGGCUAUCAACUCAAGUGGGAUUCUUGAUGAAAUCAUAAGCGAACUUUUUGCCUUCACUUCUUCUAUUAUUGAACUUAGAACUGCUGAUGGUAUUGAAUUGGUUGUUAAGAGCUUUUCAAUUACAAAAAGGUUCUUAGAUACACGUGGUGUCACUUCAGGAUAUUAUGUCAGGCACUUCAUGACACUGGUUGACUUGUAUGCGCAGGUCCUUAAGUGUGUGGAUGAUGCCCCUGGAAUAGCUCUGUUUGAGUCCACAGGUUGUAUUGCAGUAAUGUUAUCUCAUGUAGCUCAGGCUCUUAAAGUUUCUUCUGAAAGAUCGACUCCAGAUUUGAUUACUAGCCCUGCAGCCUUGAAUGAAACUGCCAAAGAGAUUCUAGUCCAUGCCCAAUCUUCUGCGUUGGCGGAUCUCUUAUGCUCAUGCCUAACAACUUCAGGCUCAAGUCUCAUAUCCGGCUCUUCAAAUUUGUUGCGAGCUGCGUGUGAAGCUUGUAGGGCUUUGUGGUCACUAGUGGAUGCUUUUGAUACACUUUGGAUGAAAGAAAAUGACCACAUAUUUCCUCUAAACUCUUUGAGGAUACCCUCUCUUCAUAGACUUCACAUUGAUGACAACAAACAAGGCUCUUUGUUUAUAAAAGAUUCAAUGACAAUAAUUGAUGCUGUGACAAAAGCAUUUCUGAGGUCCAAACCCAUACAAGUCUCUCUUUUUUAUUGCCUGCGUCAACGUGCUGAGGUCUCCUUGUGCUCCACAAUACAGCUGGUCAUGAGGUGCUGCUUGCACAGUGGAGUUGCCGCAAAUGUUCUUUGUGGUCUACCAAGUUCUCUCCCAGUUACUACUGUUGUUGGUGGGGGAGGGGAUGGUACUAUUAUUUCAGAAGUCUUCUCUAUACUGUCUUUUUCUGCUUCAAAUAAGGAAGUGUCUGGUGAAGUUCCCAAGUUCAAGCUAAACAAUCCAGGGGUCUUGGUUCUACAUUCAUGUCUUCUCGUUGCCACCAUCGCGUUCUCUCUGAAGUUCUCUGGAAGAAAUUCUGCAUCAUUUAUACUCACCACAUCUGCCAAGAAACAACAGUCACGCAUUUCUGUUCUUGCCUACCAUUUCUCACCUGAUGCAAAACCAUCAUGUCAACCUCAUUGUUCAUCCGCAAUGCUAGCUCUUGCAUCAAUUCUGUCCCUUGAGGCCGGUAGUUCUGUAGGGUUAUCUAAGUCUGACUUAGCUGUGUCUCUAAUCCCUCGAACAGCAAAGCUUUGUGAAUACCUAAAGGCUUUUCCAAUUGAAAAAGAUGGAAUGAACUCAGAGAUGAUUAACCAGAUUUUCUCACAUUGGCAUGGACUAAGGGAUGGAUGCAUUGGGCUGUUGGAAUCACGAUUGAAGUCUGGAGGACCAUUAGCAGUGCAGCAGUCAUGUGGAAGUGGCGUUCCUCAACUUCUUAUUGAUUUGUUAACAAAAAGCAACUCUUCUGAAAUUGGGUUGUCGCCAAUUGGGGUUGUUUGGAGUGUUUCUUCAGUUUGUCAAUGCCUGUUUGGUGGAGUAUCUACUUUCCGUCAGAUACUGAUAAAGACAGAGCACAUCAAGGCCUUUUCUGAUUUAAUAUCAGACACACAUCUUAAGCUUGUUAGGAGUUGGACUGGCCCUGGUGGAGGGAAGGAUGGCGCGAGAGACACAAUAAAUGCCGUGAUUGAUCUGUUGGCGUUUCCUUUCGUGGCUAUUCAGAACGUUCAAGGUUUGCCGUCAGCUGCAGCUUCCGUUAAUAGUGGAUUUCUCCUUAAUAUGGGCUCACCUGGUGCACAAGUUUGUCCUGAAGAUAAAGACAUGGUUAAAGCCAUAGAGACACACAUGGCAAAGUACAUUCAAAUUCUAUUUGAGGUAGGAGUUCCGGGUAUUAUCCUUGGUAGUUUGGAACAUAUGGAGCAGAAAGACAUUGCAAAGCCUAUUGCAUUUAUUGCCAAAAUGUCUGGCCACCGACCUCUUGCAUCUCAACUUUUAGGGAAAGGUCUUUUGGAACCAAGCAGAAUGAAGUGGCUGCUUGGUGGCUCAUGCCCUAAAGAGGUCAUCCUCGACAUUCUGAUGAUUGUUUCAGAUUUGGCUCGAAUGGAAAAGGAUUUCUACGCGUACAUAGAUGCAGCAGAUAUCAUGGGAUUCUUGAAGGAUUUCUUGACCCACGAAGAUCCCAAUAUCCGUGCAAAGGCAUGCAGUGCAAUAGGGAACAUGUGUCGGCAUAGCUCAUAUUUUUAUGAUGCACUGGGACAGCAUCAAAUCAGUAGUCUCCUCAUUGAUAGAAGCUAUGAUUCAGACAAAAGAACUCAGAAAUUUGCUUGCUUUGCUAUUGGCAAUGCUGCUUAUCACAGUGACUUAUUGUACGAUGAGCUCAAACGAGCCAUUCCCCAGCUUUCAUAUUUGCUCCUGUCUGCUGUGGAGGAUAAAACCAAAGCUAAUGCUGCUGGGGCACUCAGUAAUCUUGUCCGCAACUCAAACAAGCUUUGCGAAGACAUUAUUUCGAAAGGAGCCAUCCAGGCUCUACUAAAGUUGGUAGCUGAUUAUUCAGUAUUAGCUCUAAACCCAACCAGGAAGGAUUCAUUACACGAGUCGCCGCUAAAAAUUGCUCUGUUCUCACUGGCAAAGAUGUGUGCUCAUCCACCUUGUCGGCAAUUUCUCCGCUCAUCAGAGCUAUUUCCGGUAAUCAGGCAGCUUCAGCAGUCUCCAGAACGAACAAUUGGUAAUUAUGCUGCUGUGAUCUUGAAAAAAGUUGCUGAAACUCAGGUUAAGUAGCCAAAAAAGUCCUCACUGCCUUGUCUUCAUAUUGUAUUUGAGCAAAAUGUAAGAACCUCGAUAGUAUUUAUGUAAAUAUACCUACAAGUGCUUUUAGUCCAUACGAAAUUCAAAUCUUGAAGAAAGCAGCUGAUUUGAUUAUACCACAAACACCAUUUAUGAAUGAAGAGUGGCGGCCUGUCCUUAAUGUGGGGUAUUUAGAAUUCAAUUCCAAU